CGUGAAGACAUGAUGCAGCAGCAGUUAAUCAGCGAUCCACCUGGCCCUUUCAUCCAGUUACUUCCAGGUCGUUGGGCAUGGCAUUCACGUCUGACCACGCAACUUUCAUAGGAUUUGGAGUGGAUGCCAUUCUCUAUGAUUUUACUCAUUUUUUCCCAGGAAUCAACAUUGUAUUGGUUUUCACAGCUCUCGCGGUCCUUAUCUUCAGGUCUCGCACAGUGAAAAAUAAAGAUAUCUUGAUUUUUAUGACCUGUUUUUUGUUUUCGUUGUGCACUGUCCGUUUCGCGCUCGACUUCAAUAAUGUCUAUGAUGGACUGCUUAUCCACCCUCGGCCGAUCUCAGAAGAGACCAAGCUUUUGGAAGGAGCGGAUGCGUUGUUCUAUAUUACCGACUUCAUAGCGGAAAUCGUCUUGAUAUACCGCUGCUGGCUGGUAUGGGGAAAGGACUAUAGCGUAACUGUUUUCCCGUCCUUAAUGGCGUUCGGAGCUUUAGGCUGUGGCAUGGCGAGCAUAGGUCUGUUGAACAAAAUCGACGCGACGUCAAACCAGGCACCUGCAGAAAUUGUCCCCCUUGGGACUUCUGGCUUCGCGUUGUCCCUUGGCUGCAACUUCUUCCUUACGGUUCUAAUCGUCGGCAGAAUUUGGUAUAUGUCCAGGCAAAUGCAAAGGGCAAUGCCGGAUAAAGACGACUCCCUACCGAAGGCAAUGAGCAUUGUAAUCGAAUCCGGAACGUUGGUGCUAGUCGUUCAGCUCAUUCUAGUCGUCUUGUUUGCCAUUAGACAUCCGGCACAAGCUAUCAUGGUUCCGGCUGCUACGCAAAUCUAUGGCAUCGCACCAACUAUGAUUAUUGUGCGGUCGGGGUUGGGAACUGCCUUCGAGCCAACUGCUCCAAAGCAAUCGAGUAUGCGUUUCAUGAGCUUUGUUCGGAAGAAUCAGCAUACGACUGGCGCCACUGAUUCGACCGACGUCACGGAUUCAACUAAACCAUCUGAGUGGGAACUUGCCGUGCACAGCGGAAUGGGACAGUCGGCAUCAUUCCUUCGAAACGAUGUCGAUGGAAAGCCAGAUUUCGAUGAAGUUUGAAUUCUGCUUUUGAGUGAGUUUAGUGCUGGAUCUGUAUUUCUUCAAUCAAUUUGUGUUUGUAAAAUCUGUGAAUGCUGCGGUUGUCAUCUUUCUACAUCUUCCUGAUCUUUUUGCUCUCGCCGUUUCCACCAUCUCUUAUUGCCUCUGUCUGCGUUUACCUUCUGCCUUGUACCUUGCAACAAUGAUACCCUUCAUGUCCAUAUGCUACUCGUAAUAAUUCUCAUGUUCUUCCUAUCAUCGAAUUCCCUUCGCUGGAGCUGCUUCAACAGAUGAUAUGUCGCGACGUUGUCCAUCAAACCUCGACCCAAU